AAAGAGCUUAAGCAUUAAUCUUGAGUGUAACAUUUGUACUUGGUGCUGAUCAGGAUUUUGGUGUAAACAAUGCAGAAACUAGCCAGCUGGAGUGAACGAAUCGCAUCCGUUUGAUAGAUUAUAUUUAUGAAAAUAUGGUGCUGAUGGUCAUAUAACACAACAAAAAUUGAUGACAUCUAAUGGUACCUCUACCAGCUCAUCUGAUGAUGGCCUUGCUGGAGAGGUAAUAUGGGUCAUCACAUUCUUGAGCACUAGUCUGCUAUUUGGCUCUAUGAUGAUGCUUAUCUGCUGUGAUGCUUACAAGAAAUAUAACCGAAGAGUUCCAAGAGAAUACAUUACGGGUAGAGGCAAUUAUCCAAGACAGGAUCCCAGUGCCCCAUCACAAGGGACAACAGUGAGUAAUGGAGGAACUCAAUCCAAUGGAAGCUCUAAUACAGGAGGAAAAGAACUAGACAGACAGACAGACAAAGCCGGAGAGGGAAAUGGAGGACAUGCGAUGCAUUUAUCCAGUGACAUCAACAUGCCGUCAGGAUCAAAGAAAAAGUCCGACCUUCCACCGAUAGAUGCCGAGAUUUCCACCAUAUCUGGAUCAGUGCCUGAGGAAGGCGGGGUGGUGAAUGCUGGGUUUACUGAUAAACCGCUUCCCUCCAUACACAGUAACACCUCGGGGGUCGUACUCACGCCUGUGACCAAUCUCAAUCUUGGUGUUAGUAUUUAUUCAUGAUUUUAUAUGUAGCUCAGCAUUAUUUGUUACUGUUAUAAAUAUCCGAUCCAAAUCAGAUGAAUGAUUUUUUUUAUAUGUCUCUGUUUCCCUGUUCAUUGUGAAAAAAAAAAGAUCAAAGAUCUACAUGUAGCUUUAGAAAUUGUGAUAAAUGAAAUUCUAUCCACAUUAGUCGUAGAAAGAUGUUUGCAUUUUUCUGGAUUGAUCUGUUUUAUUAUCUAAAAAUUUGAAAUAAAUGAUGUGUUUUGUAGUUUUAGAACUCAUUUGCAAGAUACAAAUUUCCAUCUCUUUCUUUUUAGAUAUAGUGUGCAAUGGAAUUUUUGAGAUUUUUAUUACACAGCUGGCCAAUUAUGUAGAAAAUCCAGGAAUUCUGCAUAAGUAGAUUAACUUCUUAUUUACAGUAUAUAUACAUGUAAAUGUUAGAUAAUUAUCUGUCUCCAGAUUUGGUUAAUCAUCCUAGUGAUAUAUUAAAGCAAUUCGUUGUUGCUUAGUUUCAAUGUAAACAUCGUGACCUAUAUAAGGUAGGUCACUGGAUUUUAUUAUACAAGCUGUAUAUAGUACUGUUUCAGUAUUUUUUUUUUUUUCUCCAGAAAGUGCAAUGAAAAAAAACAAACAAUAAGUGUUAUUUGUAGCAUAUUAUAGUGGCAUUCCUCUAUUUUUCGUGCUUACUAUGCAAUCAUUGGAGAUUUAUUAGAUUCUGUGAUGGACUAAUGGACGGGAGCACAUUUUGGUGUGAUAUUAGAUUUAAGUUUCAAUCGUAUCAGAUGAAUUGCAGGCAAUUAUGUCAGUCACUUGGGUUCGAAAUUUAUAGUAAAUUCAAACCCAAGCAUUAUAAUUGCCUGUGGGGUGAACAACUUCUCUUUACAGCUAACUUUUGUACCUUGUCACUGAAUUAUCACUUUGUUCUGUGUGUCAUUUUCAGUGUUACAUGCAAAGCAAAGUGAUAUUACAGGGGGGGGGGGGGGGGGGGUGUCCCAUAAGUGUCCUGCAGAUACAAAUUGUAGUUUUUAUUAUAUUCCUGACAUGUGUUCCAAGGUACACUUUUAAAGGGGAGGGGGGGGGUAUCCUUUUAUGGAUCAAGAUGAGAAUAUAUCAAUGUUUGAGACUCUCCACAUUUCAGCCUGUGGAUUUUCUUCUUUGGAAUUGUAUUAUUAAAUUGAGACAUAAAUUGCACAAGGUUCUAUUUUUGAAGUAUGAAUGAAAAAACAAAGCCUUUAAAUUCUUUUUUUUUUUACAUAAUUAUGUAUGAUGUACAAUGUAAAUUAUAUCUGUUUUAUGGUCAGUUUACAGUGUAAAAAAAUCUUAUUAUUCAACAGUUUAUAAUUAGUCUAUGUUUCAUUGUAAAGUCUAUUUGACAUACAUAUCUCUCUCUCUCUCUCUCUCUCUCUCUCAUCUUUUUUUUUUUUUUAUGUUUUUCACUUUGAUAGUGAACUACAGCCGUGUUGCUAUGAGAUAUAUGUACUCCAGGAACUGGAUAGCUGCAGAACCGGUCUGCUCUCUCUCUCUGGACAAAAAAAAAAAAUCUGUCCCAAUCUUUUCCCAGAGUUCUACAGUUCUGUAGCAAAUAGCUGGAAAGGUCUGCUUUUCUUUAUCUGUUAAUGAAGUACAUCUAUUGUACACAUAUAUUUCAAAUAUACAAAGAUCAUAUGAAUUUCCAAGGGAUUAUUUGAAAUUUAUCAGAUAUCAAGACAAAAUAGAAAAGAUUUAUUAAACCAAUUCUGGACCCCCGAGAGCAUAUAAAGCAUAUUGUAAUAAACACAGACAGGAAAACUCCAAAUACACUUGCUGAAUGUAAACUGUCAUGUCAGAUGACAAAGAAUUAAUGGCAUAAUUCAACCUCGCAAUUCAAUUUUCAAAAUGGCUACUUAUAAAGGUCGCAUAGAUAAUCAAUAUUUACUUUGCCUACCUGUCUUGCAUUAUGACAUCAUACUUGUGUUGACCUUUGUAAUAUAACAUCAUACUCGUGUUGACCUUGGUAUUAUGGCAUGAGAAUUUGCAUUGUGUACCCAAAUUCUUGAAACUGUGUACAAUAUGCCAUUCUAUUGAAAGCUUUUGAGCAAAUUUUCACAUAUACUACAACAGGCAAUAUGAACUUCAUGUAGUUGAUUACAUGUUUAAAAUGCCAUAUGGGAAUAUCGAUAUAUGUAAUCUGUAAAGAUUUUGUAAAUUGCCAGAUUGGGCGUUAUAAACAGAUGUAUUUGCUUUUAAAUAUCCACGAAUGUGCUUGAUUUCAGCAAAAUCACAAACUUUACAAAGUUCAAAUGUUAUAUCUUGAUAGAAAAAUGUUUCCCAUGUAGAAAAUUCAACACAAUUUGAAAUGCCAUUACAAAUUAAUAGGCCAAUAUUUCCCAGUGGUAGGCUUUGUGAUAACCGAGAAUAUUUGGAUUUUUUUUUUACGAACAACAUUCCACUAGAUGUAUUGUUUUUGCUCAGCUUUGUUAAAUAACUGUGUAUAUAUAUGGUUAUAUAUGUGUAUUUGGAAGUACAUGUUUUGUAAUUAUGUAUGUACUGAUGUAUAAAAUAUGUGUAUGUUGCUGUAUGCAUGUAAUGUGAUUCGUUAGCAGCAGUGUGAUAAUUAAGUGCUGAUAUUAAGAGCUCUUUUAUGUGAUUUAUUUAUUUUCCUACAUUGUACUUUUAUAGUAUUACAAACUGAUUUCAUAAAUUGGAAUAAAAUCUUAUAUUUUUCAAA